AUGAGUAAUAGUGACAAUGAAAAUAUAGCUUGGAAUUUUGGGAGUGAAAGAAAUAAUGGUCCUUUGAAUCAACGUGAACCUUUAGAUUUGGAUCCAUUAAAAUGUAUACUUGAUGGUGCUCAGAAAUUAGUAUUCUUGCCUGCCGAUUGGCUUCACAUAAUUUGUACAUUUCUUACUCAUAUAUAUGCGUUACGGGUUUCCGAAAAUAUCACUUUUAAAGAAAUUCUUCAAAAUGUUCAAAUGAAUUAUGGAAUAGUAAUAAAUCCUAAUCGUAUCACAUACGAAAAUCAAGUAAAUGAUAUGAUAACUUUAAUUGAUGAAGAAGAUUGGAGAUCUGCCGUAUGGGAAGCAAAAAGGGCAAAAAAUUUUAUGAUUCGGAUGUUCUUCUCUUAG